AUGCCUGAAAUCAAGGACAGCAACGCGAUCAUCAUCGGCGCCAGCCACGGCAUGGGCCUGGAAACCGCAAAACUCCUGGUCUCCAGAGGUGCCAACGUGAUCAUCACUGGCCGCCAUGCCGACAGUCUCCAAUCUGCCAAAGAACAAUUGGGAGAUAAGGCUACCACUCACCAAAUCGAUAUCUCCUCCUCUGAAGAGCGGAAGAACCUGCCGAAAGUCGUCACCGCAACCUUCGGGGAGCAGAAACCGCUCGAUCUGAUCUACGUCAAUGCCGCACACGCUCGAUUCGCGCCCUUCCUCGAGUACCCAGAGGAUAUUCUCCGCCGCACCAUCGAAACCAACUUCAUCGCCCCCUUUAUGAUCGUCCAAUCUCUGGUUCCGCUCCUCAAGGAUGGCGGCGCCAUCGUCUUCACCACUUCCAUCUCCAAUGUCCGCGGUUUCCCUGGAAUGUCGGCGUACUCUGCCAGCAAGGCCGCGAUCCAGUCGCUUGUAGAAACAAUGGCCGCUGAACUCGCCUCCAGGCGGAUCCGCGUCAAUACCGUCAGCCCCGGAUUCAUCAGGACGCCCGACCCAAACGUCUUGGAUUUCCCCAAGGAGGUGCUGCCUGGCCUUGACGCUUAUGGGGUGAGCAUCACGCCGAUGGAAAGGCUUGGGGAACCGAUCGAGGUUGCGAAGGCGGUGGUGUAUUUGGGAUACGAUGCCACGUUCACUACGGGCUCAGAAUUGGUGGUGGACGGUGGGUUGACCGCGGCCGUCAAGCCUGCGAAGGCUUAG